UGCCCCCAAUUGCCCUCCAUUCUUUGCUCGGGGACUAGCAGAACCAGUUGAAGCUGUUCCUUUGCCUUAGGAGGCAAGAGCACCUUAUCUCGACGAGGGAGGCGGGAGAGGGAGAGAGGGGAAGGUGGGAGCAGGAGGCGAGGAAGCAAGAACAAGGCACAAGACUGGUCGUUGCUCUCCCCUGCGCCCCACCUCCUGCCAGCUCCCAGCCUGGCCCUAACACUAGCCCCACCCCAGUCGCCUACAUGUAUCUGCUGCUGCCCCUGUGAUUCCUGUCCUGAGAGCGACUCGAAGGAGAAGACAGGGCUGGGGCUCUGGGGAGCCCGAGGGGCCCUGGGAGUGAGCUUGUCGGCCGGGGCCAUGGCCCUCUUGAAGCUCUCCGUGCUGGCCUUCAGCUUCGUCUUUGGGGCAGCUGGCCUAACGAUGCUGACCCUCGGGCUGUGGGCUGAGAUGGCGCUGGGCAGGUACCUGGCCCUGUCUGCCCAAGGGGCUCCCAGCGCACCUUCCCUCCUGCUUGCUGCCGGGGCUGCAGGGCUGCUCUGGGGAGGGCUGGCCGGAGGUGGGGCGGCCAGUGAGCACCGGGGCCUGCUCCGGGCAUCUGCGGCCAUCCAGCUGACCGCCCUGGGAGCUGGCCUCGCCGCUGGCCUGUCAGGACUGUGCUAUCAGAACGAGCUAGCCCAAGGCUUCCGGGCAGGGCUGUGGCAGGCCCUGUGGGGUUAUGGGGCUGGAGGGAGGGAAGAUGCCAGUCUGGAUGCCCUGCAGAGGGGACUCGGGUGCUGUGGGGUGGACACUUACCGUGACUGGCUGGACACCCCCUGGGCCCGGAGUCCCCGGGCCCAGGGGAAUGGUUCUCUGCCCCCCAGCUGCUGCCAAGGCCAGCCGGACUGCCAGGAAGGGGCCAGGCUUGUGGCUUCCGAUGGCUGCUUCUCCAAGGCCAGCGACUUCGUGGCAGACAACAUGGCCUUCAUUGUAGUGGCUGCUCUGGGCCUGGGGGCCCUGCAGGUAGUAGGGGUGGUGCUGGCCUGCCUUCUGGCUGCCCGAAUGGCCCCUGGGCUCCAGACCUCUGCCGAGGCUCCACCGCGCUGUUCCCUGGAGAACGGAAUCCCCGACGUCCCUGCGGUCCCCCCGGGGCCCUGAGGCCCCCCUGCCACCCCCUUCCUCCCCGGGGCCCGUCUCCUUUUCAGGAUCCCCUCCCCCAGGAAAGGCCCCCAUUCACGGCAGCUCCCAAGACCCCCUCCUGUGGCCCAGCCCUGCCCACCCCCGAGGGACCCCCAGGCACCGCCCGGCUCUGUUUCUCGGUGAGUGGCUGUGGGUCUAAGGAAGACGGGGGGCAGAGAGAGAGCUAGAACCCGGGGAUGGCCGACAAGGGCACACUCGUGGCACGGGGGACACCCAGGGCCCAGCAGGCGAAAGCCUCUGUGGGAAGAAGCUCGGCUUUCCCCUCUCCUCCUGCCUCCCGGCCGGCCGGGACUCCCCUUGCCAGGGCUUGGGAGAGGAGCCCUGAGCUAGCUGCAAACCUCCCAGACCCGACAGGGGAGGAGCCGCUCCGUCCAGGGGCACAUCCAGACCCGGUCCUCUGGCUGCCGGGCCGGCGGGGGCCUCUCCCUGAGUCCCUUCCUUGCUGGCCCGGAGGCUCCUGCCAGAUGCCAGCCGGUCAGGGCCUCCGAAGGCACCGUUGGGGUGGGGGGAGAUAGAAAGGGGGGCUCCCUGGGAGGCUUUUGUCCCGUUUCCUUGUGCUCCUCCUGAUCAGAUCCAAUCAUGGGCCGGAGAGAUUUUGGCGUGUCUCCUCCACAGAUGGGGACCAGGGCUCCAAGGGGCAGGGAACUUGCCUAAGGUCACAAGUGACUUUAGCAGUUCAGUCAGAAUUUGAACCCAGGUCCUCUGAUUCCAAUUUCCUUGCUCCUUCAAUAAGCCAGGUGGCUUCUGCCCUUUGCUGGCUUGGGAUGCCUGGAUGCUCUCCCCCCUUCUCCUCACCCCCCAGACUUCCUUCUUUAUUUACCUAGUCUGAGCUGGAAGUGACCCCAACUUCCCCAAAGACCUGGCCAUCCAUGUGCUCAAGUACUCAGCCAGUGGGUUCAAGCACCUCCUGAAACUGAUCUCAACCAUCCUUUCUUUUUAUCAAUACUAUGUAUGUUUUCAGGACAGGGCUUGGCAAUGGGGGUUAAGUGCCUUGCCCAGGGACACACGGCCAGGAAUGCUGGGUCUGGCUCUCAAUACACUGAGCCACCUAACAGCCCUCCCCCCAUCCUUUUUGCAGGGUCUCCCCAAAGUGCAUCCUCCUCCUCUACCCAUCUCCAUCCUCUGACUUCAUUUGGGCUAAUACUCUCAGCCUCAGUUUCCUCAUCUAUAAAAUGGGGAUAAAAAGAGCAGCUACUUUGGGAAAGACCAAGAACAAGCCUAGCCUUACUAUCUCAUUGAGCAGAUGGGAAUACAGACAGUCAAAGAAGUUCAGUGACUUUCUCAGGGUCACAAAGUCAACUGCGGCAAGGAUAAAGUCAUAGCUCACCGUGGGCGACUCAUAUUUAGGAGGUACGCAGGCCUGGAGACCAAGCACGGCCACACACCCUUCUAUGGACGAGAGCAGCAAGGUGGGGAGAGGGGAAGUAACUCGGGCCUGGGGCAGGACUGGAUCUGGAACUCACACUCCGGUCUGAACUCCAAGGCUCCCCCCAAUCUGGUUUCUUAUCUGGAUGUCCGAUCCAUGUCUCCAGUGAUGGGUGCUGUGGAGGGACUGGAACCCGGACCACAGAACCCUAACAUUCAGCCUCGUGAGGAAGGGGGUCCUGACUUCUUCCAUUGCUCCUGGCUCUGGAUUCCCAGAACCAAGCAGAAUGAGACUGAUCCUCCUCCCAGGGGACAGCCCCUUCCAUCAGUCUCAGGUCUUGGAUUCAAGUCCUACCCAUGACCCUGGGUAAAUCCAUUUUCUCAUCUGUAAAACGGGGAUAAUACACUUGCUGCAGUCCAUCCUUCCCAGGUUCAUUGGAAGUGUUUUGUGUUCCUUCGAGUGCAUGAGAAAGUGAAGGUCCUCAUCCUAAGUGGGUGUCCUUCAAGGAUGUGAGUCCGACCUACGAAUGUAGCCAAAAGGAUCCUUGGCUUCCUCUGGUGCCUGUGAUUCUGUCGGGACUCGGCACCACCUCUCCCUACAGGGUGGUUGGCAGGCUCAAAGGAGGUGAUGCUAAGGAUGUGCUUUGGCAACCUUCAAGCCCACAAUGUCAGCUACAUGAUGACUGUUGCCUCUGCCUCUGCCCUCAGGGAGCACCACGCUUCAGCCGGACCUCUGGCUGCUGGUCCCACUCAUAUUGUGACAGAUCAGAAAAUGAGCGCCCCAGAGCUGCGAGGGCCCUCUGGCCAUCCCCUCCAGCCUCGUGGUCCACGCCAGAUGGAAGCUCUCCAGGAAAGAGGACGACCCGGCACUAGGCUGGGUUCAAGACCAGAUCCUGCCUCACUGACGUCGCUUCUCUUUCUGCUCGCACUAAGAGCCUGGUGUGCUGUAGACACAGGAUACUUCGUUUCACCACAGCAGAGAGGGUCCUGCACAUGGUAGGGCCCCAAUACAUACGGACACAUAUGAGGUCUGUGAGAAAUACUUGUUGGAUUCUUUGACAUCGUCGUGGAGAGAGAGGAGCCAAAGAGGUGUUCUGGAAACUGGCUGAAUGACACCCCCAAAUAUUAGUCAUUCAGAGUUCCAGGCUAUUUCCUCCAAGCCCUUCCAACAGAGACCUGGGUGGGUUGGAAGGGGUGUCUUUGGAGACCCCAGAGACAGCCAGAAAAGGAGGAGAGGGGAGAGGUAUUAAUAAUCCCUUAAUGGGGAGUAGCUAGGUAGCUCAGUAGAUUGAGAGCCAGCCCUAGAGACAGGAGGUCCUGGAAUCAAAUCUGACCUUAGAUCCUUCUCAGCUGUGUGACCCUGGGCUAAUCACUUAACUCCCAUCACUGAGCCCUUACCAUUCAUUCUUUUGCCUUGGAACCAAUGGCUAAUAUUGAUUCUAAUAGUCCACUAACUAUGCCCAAAGGGCAAUAAAAGACUGUCUGCCCUUUGAUCCAGCCAUAGCACUGCUGGGUUUGUACCCCAAAGAGAUAAUAAGGAAAAAGACUUGUACAAGAAUAUUCAUAGCUGCGCUCUUUGUGGUGGCCAAAAAUUGGAAAAUGAGGGGAUGCCCUUCAAUCGGGGAAUGUCUGAACAAAUUGUGGUAUAUGUUGGUGAUGGAAUACUAUAGUGCUCAAAGCAAUAAUGAACUGGAGGGAUUCCAUGUGAACUGGAACAACCUCCAGGAAUGGAUGCAGAAUGAAGAGGAGCAAAACCAGGAGAACAUUGUACACAGAGACUAAUACAUUGUAGCACAAUCGAAUGUAACUGACUUCUCUACUAGCAGCAAUGCUAUGAUCCAGGACAAUCUGAGGGACUGAUAAGAAAGAAUGUAUCCACAUCCAGAGGAAGAACUGUGGGAGCAGAAACACAGAAGAAAAAUAACUGCUGGAUCACAUGGAUCGAUGGGGAUAGGAUUGGGGAUGGAGACUCUAAAUGAUAGCCCUGGUGCAAAUCUCAAUAAUAUGGAAAUAGGUCUUGAUCAAUGACACAUAUAAAACCCAGUGGGAUUGCUAGUUGGCUAUGGGAGGGGGGGUGUGAGGAGGGGAAGAAAACAUGAAUCAUGUAACCA